CGACGAUGGGUGCUAUUACGACGCCACUACCGGGAUAUGGUUGGUGCAAGCUCAAUACGGCGUGACUCUCUAAAGCUUGCUAAAAGGUCGGAUAGGUGGAACAAACUAAGUUUGCGUGCAGCUGAAGGUUUCUCUAGACUUGAGUGGAAGCGCGUACAGCGUGUUGUUGGGAUAAGGCCGUGGAGGGAACAGAUCCUGCUCCGGCUCAAACUGCAUGCCUUCUCAACUUACGACAGCAGCCGAGGGCAAGUGGGAUGUCCACAGCGAAGCUGUAUCAGUCAGAAAUCCAUCAACCUCCAUCACAUCUUUUGGACGUGUCCUGAGAUGCGACGACUUCGAAAGUUUUUUUUGGUCGAUGGACUACUAUGGGUUUAA